AUGGAUUCUACUACUUUUGGUCCUAUCCCAAAUAAGGUGACAUUUAAAGCCAUGGAAGGAUCGUCUAAAGGUUAUCAAGUUGUCAAAAUGAAAUCAAUAUCGAACCCAAAAGUUGUUGUUGAUAAAGAUAUAUUUGCAAAGACUUUUUCUGAGAAGUCUAGGAAGAGUGGUUCUAAAACGGCUGAAAAAGAUGUUACUAAGAAGUCAGCUAAAGAUCGUGGUAGCGAAGAGACAAAAGAUGAAAUUUUUAGGAAUGAUGAUGUCACAUUUCACAAUUCACCUAGAGAGGAUGCCACUGUCGAAUCGAAUAUCGAGGAGAUAAGGAAUCUUGAUGUCACUGUAAACGCAUCUAAUGUGGAUACAAACAUCAAUUUUGGUGAACCAAUCAUUACUUUGCUUCCUGAGAAAACCAAUGUUAUUCGACCUUAA